AUGGUGAACCGCCCCUAUGCGUCGGCCUUCGAGAAAUUCGCCGCCGGCAAUCCGGAUAUUUUGUGCCUGUCCGCCGACCUGACAUCGUCCUGCGAGAUCGACGGUUUCCGCGACCGGCACCCCGACCAGUUCGUCUCUCUCGGGAUGGCAGAGCAGAACAUGAUGAGUUUUGCCGGCGGUCUCGGGCUGGCCGGCUUCCGGCCUUUCAUCCACACAUUCGGCGUCUUCAUGUAUCGCCGGCCCUACGACCAGCUGAUGGCCUCGAUCGCCUAUCCAAGGCGCAAAGUCCGGCUGAUGGGGUUCCUGCCGGGCGUCACCACGCCGGGCGGCAUGACCCACCAGUCGAUCGAGGACAUUUCGGUGAUGCGCUCGAUCCCGAACAUGACGAUCCUGGAGACGGGCGAUGCCACCGAGGUCGAAAGCAUCUGCGAGGCUGCGGACUCCAUUGACGGCCCGGUCUGGUGCCGCGUUCUGCGCGGGUCGGUGCCGCGCCUGUUCGACACUCCCAUCCGCGUCGGCGAGAUGCGCGAACUGGCGGAUGGCGAUGACAUUCUGGUCGUCACGUCCGGCAUCUGCACCGAAGAGGCGCUGCGUGCCCGCUCGGCGCUUAAAAAGGCCGGCCUGUCGAUCCGCCACCUUCAUCUGCACACGAUCAAGCCGUUCGACCAUGGAGCGUUGCUCGACCAUAUCGGCUCGGUGCGGCACGGCGUGAUCACGCUGGAAAACCAUGUCACCGAGGGCGGCGUCGGCAGCCUUGUCGCCGAAACCAUGGCCGAUGCCGGCGUCGGCAAGCGUCUGGUGCGGCUUGGUCUCAGGGACACCUAUGCCCAUGGCGGAUCGCGCGCUUAUCUGAUGCGCUAUUACGGGCUCGACGCGCUCGCCCUUGUGCGCGGCAUCGAAGACCUUGUGGGCCAGUCGUUCGGCAUCGGCGAGGACGAUCUGGACGCGGCGCGCGUCGAUGCGGUGCAUUCGCUGGUCAAGGCCGAAGCGCUCUGA